AUGUUUAUAUGUGGUGAAUUUAUGAUUUUAGUUGAUAAGGGAUUUACUCUUCUUUUAGGGUUAGAAGAAAAGUACAGGAGUAAAGGGGUAGAGCGCAGGUCUGUAGUUUGUAGUUUAGGGUUAGGUGUAUACACGUAUACAGAUCUAAUUAUUAUAAUGAUAGUUGAGAAUUUACAGGUGGAGUUGAAUCGAAAAAAGAUAAGAGAUAACCGAUAA